GUUCUCUUUUAUUUGAUGGUCUGUUAUUAUAGUUGUCUUUGCUAUUGCAUGUUGUUGUCUAUGUUUUUAUCAACUUGGCUGUCAUUCUGUUGGCGUUAGUUAUAGCGGCUCGGCUUAGCAUUUUAGGUUAUAUUUUGUGUUUAGUGAAAUAAAAGAUAAUCUUAUAAAAAUGGCGGCGGCAAUGCCAAUAAACCCUAAACCAUUCCUCAACAGUUUAACAGGCAAAUCUGUGCUAGUUAAACUAAAAUGGGGCCACGAAUAUAAAGGAUUACUUGUGUCCGCUGAUGGAUACAUGAACCUACAGUUAGCAAACACCGAAGAAAUCGUAGACGGCUCGUGUACAGGAAAUCUUGGAGAGGUUCUGAUACGCUGCAAUAACGUGCUUUAUGUAAGAGGCGCUGAGGAAGAAGAUGAAGAAGGAGAAAUGAAAGAAUGAAAUAACUCUUAAGGACCAUAAAAUAAGGCUUAGUUUAAGAUUUCCAUACUUUAAGUUCUAAUAAAGAUACAUUCUAUCUACA